CUCCUCCAAUACUUUGACCCAGUCGCGGAACAUGAAGAAGAACGCGCUACUGCCGAGCAUCGACAGCACGGGGUGUCUAGCCGAGGAGCUCGAAGUGCGGCAGAUGCUCGGAGAAGUCACCACACUCUUACACGAACCGGCCAUUGUGUCGAGUCGCAUGCCGAACGUGUCCAAGGAAGCCAACGUGGACGACGCGAUUCAACUCUUUCUCGAAGCCCGCGCCGCCAGUGUCAAGCUUCGGGCUCGCCGGCCGGCGCAAAACACUCUGUUUAAACAGACGUCGUACGGGUCUUCAACAUCGCAAUGGCCACUCGACGACCGGUUCAAGCUCAUCGGGACCGAGCUCGUCCAAGGAAUGUGGACGCAAAUCACAAACUUCGUUGAAUCCAAUGCGACAUGGGACAUCAAGCUGCUGGUCACAUACAUUAAAUUGAACCCGUCGACGGACGCGUGGCAACUAUACAUGGACACUCGUCGCGCCAGUUUUGCAGCGCAUCCCCCCGACUCGCUCGACACCUUUUUGCGACAGGUUCCUGCGCUGUUGCGAGAAGACUUGGACGUGUUCUGUGUUCCGUGCGACGGACUGGCCCUUAGCAUUUUUCCAGCCCCCGAAAUCCAGGUGGAUGCGAUCGAGCGCAUUGCACAGGUCGUUGACAUUCUCUAUGGCCCAACGCUGCGGUCCCUCCUCGAUACCCGAGUAAAGAGCCUCGUAACGGACGCAAUUGGUUGGAUGGACAAGUCAAAUCAAUCGCUACAGCUGCCCUUUGUGUCGUAUGCCCCAGCGUAUGUGGUGAACCCCAAGACCCGCGACUUCGCGUACCCAUAUGCGAUUCAACCCGGCAAGCCAUUGUUAGGGUCGGCUGGAUCAGUGGCCAACUUGACGUCGUUGAAUCGGUCGUUCAGGUUUAGCAUGGUGUCGCCGCGAGGGGGGAAAACGAGUGGUCCGGGCGAUGUCGACGUGCUCUUGGCCAAUCCGACUCAGCUCGGUGUGUGGCUCCAAUUCGCUGUCGACAUCCUCCAGUUCACUGACACGUCUGUGCCGUCUGUACUCGUGAACGGCAUAUACGUCUUCUUGGCGGAUCUCGAAAGUGUCCAAGCGCGGUGCAAAAAGAAAAUUAAAGUUGACGUCAAGGCGUGCGUGGGGUGGACUGUCUUAGCCCUCGUCUCCGCCAACGCCCCGCCCCUGACGUGGAUCGAAGCUACAAUCGCAGCCUACCGAAAAGAGGACAACUCGUGCCAAGUUAUUCUCACACCGUCCACGACGCUGUUCGAGUCCUGGCUUCCACUUGACACGCACAUUCGCAUGGCGCCGAGCGACCCGAAUAGCCGAGUUCACGCCGGCCAGCGGUGGUUGGCUUUCGUUGACGAGGUCAACACAGCUGCCCGCAUUUUGUCUAGCGACUGCCCAGAUGCAUGUCGCAUUCACGUCGAGACGGCAAUCUGGUCGACGCUGAGCAUUCCGUUUCGCCAAGCGGACUUUAUCUUCUCCCGCUACCUCCGUUCGGCCAUUCACGAAGUUGCCCAGCGCGACAUCGUGUACGAGUCACGAGCAGUUGGUCAAUUCAAUACGGAAACAGGGGCCUAUGGAUACCUCGUCCGCUUCCAUGAGCACCUCGUUCGCGCCCGGUGCGAGUCCCUUGCCACGAUCAUGUACGACGUCAGCAACUGCCUGAGCUUGUGCUUCCGGUCACAGGCACACAUGCCGCUGGCUCGGCAAUUCGUGCAAGUGUUUCAAGAAGAGUUGAGUGUGUUCCUGCGUGGAAUUUCCAAUGCGACGGGCGACGCGACAGCGCUCGAGGCUCUGAUCGAGACAGCUGUGGGGCUGGGAUUGAUGCUGGACACGUGGCAGACGCAUACGCAAGCAAAGCUCUUUGGCGUCGGCAGUCGAUCCGUACCGACAGCGGCCACCCAAUGGACCCAUGACACGUUUGCAAAAGUUUGUGCGACCAUCGAAGCCACCAAGCACACCGUUCUUACUUGUAUCUACGCCCAGUGGCGGAGAGAAUGCACCCAGUCAUAUUUCCCAAACAUUGUCCAGCACGCAUGGACCGCCCCAAGGCCGUACUUCGGCGACUCACGCAUCACGGCAGGGGUGCAGUGCAUGGUGUUUCGCGUGGAUAGUCUCGUCCGACGAGUCGUCUCGGCAUCGGCCAUGCCAUUCGGGCACGCCAUUUCGACGCGGCCGAUGCAGUGCAUGUGCUGGUCGAUGGUUUCCCAUGGGCUCGAGAGCUUCACAGCACUAUACAAAGCGCUGAAUGUGUCGCGCGCGCGGCUCGGGCAGUUCAAAAUGGAUGUGCUGUACAUGCUAUGCGGCACGUACCAAACGACAAAGUGCAUGCGAGAGUUGGCGACAGUGGCCGAUGACGUUGUAAAACACCUGGCCACACAUUGUGUCGACGUCAUGAUGGAAUGGCUGGAAAUCCUCGCUCUAUUAUUCACGCCGAGUGCAGUUCUCGUCGACGCCGUGAUGCAGCACGAGAUGAGACGAAGAUCCAAAGUUCCGCCGCCCCUGCCAGGGACGUCCAAAGAAGAGCUCUUGGACAGCCAAAUGCAGCUCUUGGUGUCGUCGUUGUGUAUAAGCCAUGACAAGAGCCGCUUGAAGGUACGGACUCCGUUCCCGCUCUUCACUCGCGAUGACAUGUUCAUGCCUUGUAGCCUUGGCAAGCACAUUGCAUUCUCGUCGACGGCAACACGAAGCAUCUCAGAGACGUGGAGCUUCGGUGGCAGCCGCUGUUAGUAGGCUUGGCCAUGGACGGUCCGGACAUUGUCGGUUGGAUUCGUAAGCGAAGCGAAAUCGUCAACUCGACGUUUCCAGAGCUGACGAAAGACGAGGUACAGGCGCGAAUAAAGCUGGAAGAGUUGAUUUCUUUUAUCGAGGAGCCAUCGUCGAGGAUGCAACUGGACCAGGCAGCAUGACGGGAGCACCUAUGGCCAAAGAAUCACAUCGCCAGUGUUUGCUUUCGUCAAUUCCUGGUAAAGUCGAUUGGGCCUUCUGUGGAGGCAGCAACUCAAUGCGCCAUUUCUGUGGGGUUAAAGUGGGAAAAGUCUUGGCUAUCGAGCAUGGCGCGGUAGAGAGCAAAUUUGGACAGGUUUCCCAACCUUCACUUGAGCCGAACGCGGACACGGGCCUGCACUCGACGCGACCAUUGCCAAGUGAUGAGAAGUGGGGCCAUCGUCGC